AUGGCCAGGAAAGCAUCGACGAUCUUGCUCACCUUGCUCGGCCUGUUCCUGCUCGGCACAGUCAUCGUGCUAUCGACAGUCAAAGUCUACUUUGGUGUCGAUUCCAGAGAUGUCAUCACUAUCGAAGAGAUCAACCUAUACGCGUCACUCGACACAAAGCUCUACAACUCAACCUUGAGGCUCAACGAUGGCGAUGGAGACGAUCUUUACGAGAAAGUGCCGAGAAUCAUCCAUCAGACAUGGAAAACCGAUAUUCUGCCAGAGCGCUGGCAGGCAGUCCGGGACGAAUGCGCUGCUAUGCAUCCAGACUAUGAGUAUCGACUGUGGAGUGACGAAGCAUCGCGCGAGUUCAUACAAGAGCGUUAUGCUUGGUUCCUGCCCGUUUUUGACGGAUACCAAUAUCCCAUCCAACGCGCUGAUGCCAUUAGAUACUUCGUGCUCGAUCACUUUGGCGGCAUCUACAUGGACCUUGACGUAGGCUGCAAACGCAGGUUGGACCCGCUCCUCAACUUCGACGUCGUUCUUGCUCGCACCAUCCCCGUCGGCGUGUCGAACGACGUCAUGGUCGCCGCGCCUCAUCACCCCUUCAUGGAAAUGGUCACCCGCAAUCUUGUCACAUUCGAUCAUUCGUAUGGAUCAAACUAUCCGACCGUCAUGUUCAGUACGGGGCCCAUGUUCCUGUCUGCCCAAUAUGGUCUCUGGCCUGCCAAUCCCAUCACUGGCGCUAGAGAGAUCAGGAUAUUGCCCAAAUCGCUUUACGGCAAGAACGCAAAGCCAGAAGAAGCCCUCCAUGCUUUCUUUACGCACUAUUAUGGCUCGAGCUGGCACGACGGUGACUCUGGCUUCAUUCUCUUCCUCGGCAAGCGAGGCAAGCUGCUAAUGCGGCUGGGCAUGAUCAUUCUCGCUCUUGGUGUUGCCAGGCUUGCGUACAAGAAGCGUGACGCGAUACAGGGUCUAUGGCAGCGCAAGACUGCGUCUCUCCUGUCCUCACCAGAGCUCGACGGGGAUAGGAUGCCGCUGCCUGCUAUAGCACUCAGCAGACGGACCUCGGCUCGAUCGUCAGACGAGCUCAUGCAAUCUCCGGCAAAGCGGAAAGUAGACUCACUCGGCGCCGCUGGCACGUCCGGUAGGCUGUACUACCUGCCGGUCUGGCUCGCUGGCGAACGUCAGCCGGGUGUAUCGACUGAAUCUGGGGUCAGCUGGCUGUCUUAUCUGCCAGACCGGCUUGCUUCGCUUUUGCCGGGCAGCAGUCUAUAUGAGCCGCUGCAAGCUCAUGAGAGCGAGGAUAAUGCGAUCUCACUCAAAUCGCUUCGAAGGGUACGAUCGGGCCGGCCGAGAAGUCAUACGCAACGCGACGCCAUGGAGCAAGGCGCCAGCGCGACUGGCACGUUUCGCAGCGCGGGUCCGCCCGCGCCGCGCUCAGAGUCUCACUCUGACUCAACGUCAACAAAUGCAGAAAAGGACGACGGACCCACUGGCCAGUCCAGCACCAGCAUCGGACUUGUUCGGACGCAUUCACGACCUAGAUCACGUCGAGCUAGCUACGGCUCAAGACGGCAUCAGGAACUCCAGCAUUCCUUCAACCUCGCAGACGAGGACGACUUCAUCCCUCGUGAGGACAGCCAGCGGCAGCAUAGUCCAGGCUACAGGACCAGAGAGCGACACGACCCUCCCGCUUACUCGUCAACUCCGGAACCGCGCUUCGAACGCAUUGCUUCGUGGCGAAGAGCGUCCCUGAUCCUGCCCAUCGUCCUUGUGCCUGCUUCAGCAUCGGAAGGCUCGGCAAUAUCAACCUCGCCAGAACUGGAAGCGAGCGAUCCGGACGCCGAUUCUCUGGCGACGGACAGCACGACCGAUAGCGUCACGGAUGAAGUCGAUCGUCUAUUGAGCGAGAUGGCACCGCCCGUGACGUCGCGCAAUGUCGAGUCUCAAUAG